CACAAUCCACCAGUCUUUCAUCAUUCGCUCAAGAAACACUUACAACCCACCACUCCUAUCACAAUAUGCAGUUCCUCACUCUCAUUGCUCUUCUGCCGCUCGCUCUGGCCGUCCCGGCUCCGCAGGCCAACACCCCAUGCGUCUGCGAACCUAAGGUCUGCCUCCUGAUCUGGCCCGACUCCUGCUACUGUGCCAACCAAAACAAACUCGACUGCUACAACAAAUGCGGCGGCGAAUACCCUACUCUCCAGGACUGCACCGUCGAUCCUGUUAUUCCAUCUUCUGGGGCUACUUCCGCUGUCGAAAACAGCGUGCCGGAACCUGCUACGGCUGCCGCGGCUCCCGCAUCUUAGGUCCGGUAUCUAGAGGCUGGAGAAAGAGAAAGAGGUAUUUAGUUUUGGUGUUGGUUACUGCGGAGGUUGUGAGGAGGUAAUUUGAGUAGCGG